GAUGGCGGGCCGCGGGGGCAGCCGGCGCGGGCGGGAGCAGCUGGAGCUGGAGCGGCUGGGUGAGGCGGCUCGGGCCGGCUCCUGCCCGCCGUCGCCGCCGCUCUCCGCCUGCUCUCGGCAAGCUUGGAGCCGGGACAAUCCGGGCUUCGAGCCUGAGGAGGAGGGGGCCGCGGCGGCGGCGGCGGUGGAGGGGCCGGUGCUGGAGAUGGACGUGGAGUGGGGCAGCCCAGCGGUCGGCGCUUCGUCGUCUCUGGGCAGCGGCGUGGCGGGGCAGGGCGGCGGCGGGCGGCGACAACGGCGGCUGCCGGCGGGACGCGGCGGCACCGAGGGACCGAGCCGCCACCAGCUGCCGCCCGACGGCGCCGCGCCCCACAGAGGCGCCUGGGCCAAGCGCCUGGCGCGGCGGCUGCGAGGCCUGUGGGGGACGAGGCUGAUGGAAGAAAGCAACACCAGCAGAGAGCGGUACCUGCGAAGCGCUUUGCGGGAGCUGCUCACCUACCUGGCGUUCCUCCUGGUCCUGUGUGUCUUGACUUAUGGGACAGUCAGUUCCAGCAUGUAUUAUUACACCAGGGUCAUGUCACAGCUCUUCCUGGAGACACCCGUGUCAAAAAUGGAGAAAACUGAUUUCAAAACUCUGUCCUCAAUGGAUGACUUCUGGAAGUUCACAGAAGGCCCCUUGCUGGAUGGCCUUUACUGGGAGCUGUGGUACAACAACAGAACCAUGGCAGAGAACAAAAGCUUCAUUUACUACGAGAACCUGCUCCUGGGGGUGCCUCGCCUCCGGCAGCUGAAGGUCAGGAAUGGCUCCUGCUCCAUCCCUGAGGAUCUGAGGGAUGAAAUCAGAGACUGCUACGACGUCUACUCCGUGGCCAACGAAGACACCGCUCCCUUCGGCCUGCGCAACGGCACCGCCUGGACGUACACCACCGAGAAGGAUCUGAAUGGCAGCAGCCACUGGGGCUCCAUUGCCACCUACAGUGGGGCUGGUUAUUACCAAGACCUCUCAAGGAGCAGAGAAGUGGCAGCUAUGCAGAUUGCAAGUCUGAAGAAGAACCUGUGGCUGGACAGAGGCACCAGAGCAGCCUUCAUUGAUUUCUCUGUGUACAAUGCAAACAUCAACCUGUUCUGCGUGGUCAGGUUGUUAGUGGAAUUUCCAGCAACUGGAGGCCUUGUGACCUCUUGGCAGUUUCAGCCAGUGAGGCUGAUUCACUACAUCUCCACUUUUGAUUUUUUCCUGGCAGCCUGUGAGGUGGCAUUUUGUCUUUUUGUUCUUUAUUACGUGGUGGAAGAGGUCUUGGAAAUUCACAUUCAUAGACUGCACUACUUCAGAAGCCUCUGGAACUGCCUUGAUGUCCUUAUCAUUGUGCUCUCUGUGGUAGCCAUAGGGAUCAGCAUCUACAGGACAUCAACUGUUGAUGUGCUCCUGAAGAAGCUGCUGGAAGAUCAGAACUCCUUCCCCAAUUUUGAACCUCUGGCAUACUGGCAAAUGCAGUUCAACAACAUUGCUGCAGUCACUGUGUUUUUUGUCUGGAUUAAGCUCUUCAAGUUCAUUAACUUCACCAGGACCCUGAGCCAGCUCUCCACCACCAUGUCUCGCUGCGUCAAGGAUCUCCUGGGCUUUGCCAUUAUGUUCUUUGUCAUCUUCCUAGCCUAUGCCCAGCUGGCCUAUCUUGUUUUUGGCACUCAGCUCGAUGAUUUCAGCACCUUCCAGGCCUGCAUAUUCACUCAGUUCCGCAUCAUUCUGGGAGACUUCAACUUCACAGAGGUUGAAGAAGCCAAUCGAAUUUUGGGACCAAUUUAUUUCACUACCUUUGUGUUCUUUAUGUUCUUCAUUCUCUUGAACAUGUUCUUGGCCAUCAUCAAUGAUACCUACUCUGAAGUCAAAUCAGAUAUGGCACAGCAGAAGGCAGAAAUGGAGCUGUCUGACCUUAUCAGGAAGGGCUACAACAAAGCCAUGGCCAGGCUGAGACUGAAGAAGACUGCAGUUGAUGACAUUUCAGAGAGUCUCAGGCAAGGGGGAGGAAAGCUCAAUUUUGAUGAACUCCGGCAGGAUCUGAAAGGGAAGGGCCACACGGAUGCAGAGAUCGAAGCCAUAUUUACCAAGUAUGACCAAGAUGGGGACCAGGAACUGACAGAGCAUGAACAUCAGCAGAUGAGAGAUGACCUGGAGAAAGAGAGGGAGGACCUGGACCUGGACAGGAGCUCUCUGCCACGUCCUCUGAGCAGCCGCAGCUUCCCCCGCAGCUUGGACGACUCUGAGGAGGAUGAGGAUGAAGACAGUGGACACAGUUCCAGGAGGAGGGGCAGCAGCUCGAGUGGGGUUUCCUAUGAAGAGUUUCAAGUCCUGAUGAGGCGAGUGGACCGCAUGGAGCACUCCAUCGGCAGCAUCGUCUCCAAGAUCGACGCGGUCAUCGUCAAGCUGGAAGCCAUGGAGAGGGCCAAGCUGAAGAGGAGAGAUGUGCUGGGCAGGCUGCUGGACGGAAUGACAGAGGAUGAGAGCCUGGGCCGUGACAACGAGGUGCACCGGGAGCAGAUGGAGCGGCUGGUGCGGGAGGAGCUGGAGCGCUGGGAGUCGGACGACGCCGCCUCCCAGCUGAGCCAUCGCCUGGGGACGCCCCUGGGGCUGAACCAGCGCUCCAGGAGCUCCAGGCCCUCCUCCUCCCAGUCCGAUGGAGUGGAUGGGGCAGGAGGGAACGGAGGGAGCAGCAUCCACGCGUAGGGGUGACUUGGCAGGUCGCACUCGGGUGGGUACGACGCCAGCGACCGCACAACUCUGUUGUCCUCCAGCACGGGGGGCAGCACAGCACUGAGGCCAAAGCCAAGAGCUCCUGGAAGGUAUCCUCAGACCUAUGGUAGCCUUGAGGCACACUGAAGUCACCAGCCUGGGUUUGGAAAUGAAAAUCCAGGAGAGGGAAUGGCAACCAAGCAUGACAGCAUCUUCCUGGGCAGAGUUUUGGCUCCAUGGUCUGAGGGCCAGGGACCAUUUCCACAAGGGCAGCAGCAGCAGCAGCACACUGUGAGCUGGAGCUGAACCACUCAGGUGGAAGGCUGGGGAGGGUUUUGCUUUCUGCUGGCAAAGGAGGGAAAUGCUUUUUUGCAAGCAGCUUCUUUUAAAAGCUGGCAUCAGUGCAGCGUCCCCUUGGCUCCAGUGGCUGCCACUGGGCACAGAAAGCAGCACAGUUCUUCACCUGGGGCUUCUGCCUGGCUUCCUGCUCUCAUUUCCCCCCUGGGUCAGAGCAGCUGUGGGUCUCCAAACAGAUAAAAGGGCACUUAAGCUUGCGCAGCUUUAACUCUCAGUAUUCCCCACUAGAAGCUGUGCCUGGGAUGUGGCUUUGCAUUUCACCAGUGGUCCUGAUGGGGUGGUUGAGAGCUGUUUCCUCUCACCCUCUGGCAGGACAAGGAGCAGUGGAUGUAAGCUGCAGCACAGGAGGUUCCACCUGCUUCAUGACUGUAAGGGUCACAGGGCACUUGCACAGGCUGCCCAGAGAGGUUGUGGAGUCUCCUUCUCUGGAGCCUUUCAAGACCUGUCUGGAUGUGUUCCUCUGUGAUCUGUGUUAGAUUGUGUGGUCCUGCUCUGGCGGGGGGGAAGUGGACUUGAUCUCUUUGGGUCCCUUCCAACCCCUAACAUCCUGUGAGCCUGUGACCCCACUUGGCCAGGCCUUACUGAAGGUGCCCAUGCUGGGGUUUUGUGAGCAAGUGUUCCUGAGAGCAGCAUUCCACAGGAGGAGAAGAGCUUGAGACUGGAGGAAGAAAGUGGUGAGUGGGGGAUGGGGAGACACUGGCACAGGUUGCCCAGGGAGGCUGUGGCUGUCCCCUCCCUGGAGGUGUUGAAGGCCAGGCUGGAUGAGGCCUCAGGCAUGUUGUGCUGGUGGGAAGUGUCCAUGCCCAUGGCAGGGGGUUGGAACUGGAUGCUUUUGAAGGUCCCUUCCAACCCACCCCACUCUGAAUCUGUGCAGCUAAGAUGCUCUUUAGAAGCAGCCCCCUCCUUGAGCUGCACUGACAGCUUGGGUAUGGUAGGGCAGGGACUGACAGUUGGGCAGAUCAGCUCUGAUCAGCUCUGUGCUGUGCAGGCAGCACUUCCACCUGGCACAACUGCCUGGAAAACACAGAGCUCCAUUUCAGCUGCUUUCCUGCUGCACUGCAGGAUGGCCUUCCUUUGGGAAGCUGUUUGUGGUGUAACUCCUGAGGGUUGUCAUUUCCUCUGCUGUCCAGGUCCUAGAAGCUUUGUGUUCUGAAGGCAGAGGCAGAGCUGGAAGGUGCUUGAGGCCCAGUGGCUGCAGCUUAGGCUGGCAGCAGGUUUCCACCUGUGGAAUGUGGCUUUAGGAGGGAAGCUCUCAACUGUGCUCUUCCCCUAAAGGAGGCAGCUGGCCUGUCUUUGGUGGCCCUUGGAGUUGGUGUGCAGGCCAAUGGAAACCUCCAUACUCAAACCCAUCUUAGCUGUGAGUAGGGCACAGAGGGAACAUGCAACUACCCCUGUGGGGAUAAGGCUGAAGGAGCUGAGGAUGUUCUGGCUGGAGAUGCUCUCACUGCUCUCUACAGCUCCCUGAAAGGAGGUUGCAAUGAGACUGGUGUUGGCCUCUUCUAAGUAACACUGAGAGGCUGGAGCAGGGCUAGACAAGGGCAAGAAAGCUGGGGAAGGGUCUGGAGAGCUGGGGAGGAGCCGCUGAGGGAGCUGGGGGUGUGCAGUGUGGAGAAGAGGAGGCUGAGGGCAGAGCUCAUUGCUCUCUGCAGCUCCUGAGAGGAGGCUGGAGCCAAGUGGGGGGGGUUGGUUUUCUGCCCCAUCUCAGGUGAUAGGAGAGAAAAUGCCCUGAAAGUGUGCCAGGGGAGGGUUAAGUUGGAGAGGAGGAAAAGUUUCUUUGCUGCCAGUGUUCAGGGAUUGGCACAGGCUGCUGGUGGAGUCCCCAGCUCUGCAGCUGUUCCAGAAAGGUGUGGGCACAGCCCCCGUGGCCAGGGUGGUGCUGGGUUGGAGUGGAUGAUCUCAGAAGGCUUUUCCAACCACUCCUGUGCUGAGACAAGGCCCUGCUGAGGAGAAAGGAAGCAGAGCUCAGAGCUCUCAGUGUGCUGGCACCCAGCUCAGCUUUGCUGGGCACCAGCUCUUGCUCCUCACCAUGGAGAUGGUUCUUCCUACCAUGACCAUGGAGCUGUUUCUUCUGACCACGUUUGCAUUCCCAGCUGUAGCCGAGGUCUGCUUCCUGUACCCUGUCAUUACUUGAUAACAAACUUCACUUUGAAGUGCACUUAGCGCCCAUGGGCUGCCCCUGGGCCUUGCAGCAAGGGCUUGGCCAGCUGCUAAAUGGGCCAAACGUUUCAUUGUCUCCUUUGCAGCUUUAGCUUCUGAUUCAGCACUUACUGCACAGGUAAGGCCUUGCCUUAGUCAUGUCCAGGCUGACCUGGAAGCAUUGAUCUGUAAAGCUCAGCCCUUCACCUCCUAAUAAACGUUUUCUGCCUGCACAGCAAA